AUGUUUGACAGCAUCCCAGGAUACGAGGGAACUGUGGCCGGCGGAGGGGGUGCGUAUCUUCCUCCUCCAAUGCCUUCUGUGCCGAUGCCUGUGCCUGAACACGCUGCCAGCCAUCCAGAGUGGAAUGACAACAUACCUUCCAUCUCAGAAGGAAGAGCACGUCAAGCUUUUGAAGAGUACGUCUCCAGCAAGUGCUGCUAUAGUUCUGCCCCCGUCAGAGAUGGAAUCAUAACCAAAAUGGAGUCCUUUAAUACCUACAGGUAUCGUUUGGAAACGUUCACAGAGUCCAGAACUACUAAAUGGAGUCAGGAGCCUUACACGGGACAGCGCAUUGAUGCUGGUAUUCAGCGUCCUCCAGGACCGUGGGAGAUCGCAGCUCAACCCCCGUCCUACUUUACUGAUCACAAGGAGACCAUUAGAGUGCCUUACACUUCCUCAAUCAAGGUUAAAUCAGACACUGUCAUCAAAAAUAUCCAAUGCAAACAACAGAGCCUGCAGCGAAUACUGAAUCAUAACCUUUUUUUUAAUCAAACAAUAAUCUUUAACUGAAGCUAUUGGUAGCACUUAAUUUAAA